AUGGGGGUGAUGGUGGAGGUGCACCGCGUAUACCGGUACCCGUUCGAGCAGGUGGUGGCCAGCUACCUCCGCAAGUAUCCCAGUCCGAUGGAGAAGCAUGUCAUGGCUGUAGAAACAGUGGAAGAGAAAACAGGUUUGUCUACGGGGAUUAUUUACCGGAGAAGAAUUGCAAUGUGCCAGAAUGUAAUUCCUGACAUUUUAAGAAAGGUGAGCAUCUUAAAAGUGCCAUAUUUGGAAGAGGAGUCUUGGCUUAAUAUGCAGAAAAGAAAUAUGGCUGUGAAAACUCACUGUCUUACGUGGACACAGUAUGUGUCUCUGAGUGAGGAGUCUGUCUUCAGAGAGAGCCUGGAGAAUCCAAACUGGACAGAAUUCACACAAAAAGGCAGAAUAUCAGUUACGGGGGCAGGUUUCCUCAACUGUGUGUUGGAAGCUUUUGCUCGAUCGUUUUUAAAACAAGGUGUGAAGAAGGAUGUUAAAAUAAUGGAGACGCUUCUUCAGGAGCAGUGUGGGUGAUUGUGCUCUUGUGAGUGGCUGCAAGUGCAACAUCCAGUUACAAGAGGAAAUGUAUUUGCACAGAGUUUCCUGGGAACCACAUAUCUUCAUGGGCGUUGGGAUUCCAUGGCUGUUGCCUGAACUUUACUGGUACCAUUUUAUUGAGGACAGAGCACUUAAUAUGCGCAGCUGGAAAAGGAAAAAAAUAAAGACAACCACAGACUGCAAAAUCCUUCAAAAAAGAUUAAGGAAUCACACUACUGAAGGGAAUGUUGAUCAUGAAAAUCAUAGAAGAACAAGCAUAUACUUGGAAGCAGGAUCUUCCUGUGAAUUGCUGCUAUAAUCUCUAGAGACUGAGAAUUGGGUAAGGGAACACAGAGCAACAAAACAAAAGUAGCCCUUGUUGCUGUGAGGACACUGUUGC